AUGUUGACGCAGGUCAUCGACAUAAGUUACGGUUCGAAAGAGAGGCUACAAGAGAUCCUCGAGGAGAUGUUGGGUGAAGAGAACUUCAAGCUUAUACAGCAGCGCAUCUCGAACCAAUGGCAGAUCAAGCUCAUAAGACGACUGACGGUCGAGGAGAUCAGUGUCAUUCAGACAAACAUGAGAAGGCACUACCUUCCGACUGCGUGA